GGGAUCGGGGGCGCCGCUCGCUCGCUCGCUCGCUGCGGCCACCCGCGCCCGGGAGCCGGCGUCAUGGGGCUGCAGCCCCUGGAGUUCAGCGACUGCUACCUGGACAGCCCGUGGUUCCGCGAGCGGGUCCGCGCGCACGAGGCGGAGCUCGAGCGCACCAACAAGUUCAUCAAGGAGCUCAUCAAGGACGGCAAGAACCUCAUCGCGGCCACCAAAAAUCUGUCGGCCGCCCAGCGGAAGUUCGCACACUCCCUCCGGGACUUCAAGUUCGAGUUCAUCGGGGAUGCGGAGACAGACGACGAGCGCUGCAUAGAUGCUUCCCUGCGGGAGUUUUCCAACUUCCUGAGGAAUUUGGAAGAGCAGAGAGAAAUCAUGCAAUUAAAGGUUUCACAAACCUUUUUUUUCCCCAUGAAAAAGGCAAGGAGAUAAGAACUUGGAAUUGCAAAAAUAGAGAAAAAGAAAUUUGACAAAGAGACAGAAAAGAACUACAGCCUAAUUGAUAAGCAUUUGAACUUGUCUGCGAAAAAGAAAGACUCACAUUUACAAGAGGCCGACAUCCAGGUGGAGCAGAACCGGCAGCACUUCUACGAGCUGUCGCUGGAGUACGUGUGCAAGCUGCAGGAGAUCCAGGAGAGGAAGAAGUUCGAGUUCGUGGAGCCGAUGCUGUCGUUUUUCCAGGGAAUGUUUACUUUCUACCAUCAGGGCCAUGAGCUUGCCAAAGACUUCAAUCACUACAAGAUGGAGCUCCAGAUCAACAUUCAGAACACGCGGAAUCGUUUCGAAGGCACGAGGUCCGAAGUGGAGGAGUUGAUGAAUAAGAUCCGGCAGAACCCCAAGGACCACAAGCGUGCCAGCCAGUUCACGGCCGAGGGCUACCUGUACGUGCAGGAGAAAAGACCCGCCCCGUUUGGAUCCAGCUGGGUGAAGCACUACUGCAUGUACCGGAAGGCCGCGAAGAAGUUCAACAUCAUCCCGUUCGAGCACCGGUCGGGGGGCAAGCUCGGUGACGGCGAGGUCUUCUUCCUGAAGGAAUGCACCAAGAGGCACGCGGACUCCAUCGACAGGAGAUUCUGCUUCGACGUCGAAGCUGCUGACCGGCCGGGCGUCUCCUUGACCAUGCAGGCGUUCUCCGAAGAGGAGCGGCGGCAGUGGUUGGAAGCGCUGGGUGGAAAAGAAGCUCUGUUCCCUCGAGCGAUCCUGCCGAGGCCCGAAGGAAGUGCACAGCUGGAUAAGAUGGGAUUCACAAUUCUCAGAAAAUGCAUCAGCGCAGUUGAAACACGAGGUAUAAACGACCAAGGACUGUACAGAGUUGUGGGGGUGAGUUCAAAGGUGCAGAGACUUCUCAGUAUGUUGAUGGACGUGAAGACAUGUAAUGAGGUGGACCUGGAGAAUUCCAUAGACUGGGAAGUGAAGACAAUAACAAGUGCCCUAAAACAGUAUUUGAGGAGUCUGCCGGAGCCUCUCAUGACUUACGAGUUACACGGGGACUUCAUCGUACCAGCCAAAAGCGGCAGCCCCGAGUCGCGCGUGAAUGCCAUCCAUUUCUUGGUCCACAAGCUGCCCGAGAAGAAUAAAGAGAUGCUGGACAUUUUGGUGAAACACUUAACCAACGUCUCCAAGCACGCCAAGCAGAACCUGAUGACGGUGGCCAACCUGGGCGUGGUGUUCGGGCCCACGCUGAUGCGGCCGCAGGAGGAGACCGUCGCCGCCAUCAUGGACCUCAAGUUCCAGAACAUCGUCGUGGAGAUCCUGAUCGAGAACCACGAGAAGAUAUUUAGGACCCUGCCUGACGCCACAUUCCCUGAUCCUGUGCCCCCGUCAACGUCACCUCCCAACGCUCCUCCCAGGCAAUCCAAGCGACAAGGCCAGAGGACGAAGCGGCCCGUAGCUGUCUACAAUCUCUGUCUUGAGCUGGAAGAUGGCGACAGCCCUAACCCUUCCAAGGACGAUGCCUUCACCAGCAGCCUGGACUCGCUCUCCUCCCCAUCCCCCACGACCGCCGCCAUCCUCGGGACCCCCGGAUCAGACAAGAACCACCUUCUCACGGACGGGGGUGGCCCCGGGGACUGGGCGUCCAGCACGCCCUGCCAGAGCCGCUCGUCCAUGGUCCAGUGGCUGAACCCGCAGUCUCCGAGCGCGCCCAGCAGCGGCCCCUCCGCCACGCCGCCUCCACCCAAGGCCUCGCCGUUCCCUGCAGAGAAGCCUCCGGAAGGCACCAUCAACCGCAAGGCGCGAGCCGUGUACCCGUGCGAAGCCGAACACAGCUCGGAGUUGUCGUUUGAAAUCGGGGCGAUAUUUGAGGACGUGCAAACCUCCAGGGAGCCUGGCUGGCUGGAAGGCACGCUGAACGGCAGGAGGGGCCUGAUCCCACAGAACUAUGUCAAGCUGCUGUAGCCCCUGGCUCGUGAGGACGCCACAUGGACCCUGGCGCCUGGGCGGGGGCGGGGGUGGCCGUGGCCUCCUCCCUCCCCCUGGAAUGGGGCUGGCUCACCGCCCUUCGGACACGUGGGCAUCACACAGCACGGAUUGGCACUCCGGGGGUGCAGGGGAGGGUGAGGGGGGACUGGCAGAGGCGGGGUCAGAGGGCGGCACCCCUCACCACCACCACCACCACCACAGUGGGGCUCUGGGGAGCGGGAAGCCACCGUCAGGAUGGACAGAAGGAACUGGGCACCGACGGAGCCCUUGACACCUGUGGUUUGGAGCGGCCUGACCUGGCGAUCAGAAAGAUGCCCGCGGGCACCCCAGUUGCCCCGGGGUGCCCUCGGCUUCUGUGAAGGAGGUGCGCUGGCGGGCCGUGGCGUCCAGCGGCCUGAUCCCGGAGCACAGCCCGUGGGGGGGCCUCCUCCCUGAAGCCCCGCCCCCCGCCCGGGCCCCCACACUCACUCCCUGGAUGCGUCACGGGCUUCUGGGGGCCCCUCACCUGCGUGCUAUUGUUCAGACACUGCCUUCUGUGCCCGCA